AGUAUAACUACAUGUGGUCUAUAAACACGAGGUCAAACGAAAUUACAGACAUCUUAACGGAAGGCAAACACGUAAGUGUUGAAAUACAAUAUGCGUUUGUGCAGUAAGAAACAAACUCACAGUACCAGCACUGUCUGGCAUCACUGAACAUUUUCAAAAGCUAUUUAUGAUAUCGAAAAUGUGAUUUGGAGUCCUUCUGUAUGCAUGUUAAAAGGAACAUACUGGGUUUCUUCAAUAGACCUAUCGAAAAGGUAUCAGCAUUUUUCUGGUUCCAAUCGCUGCAAACUUUAAUUGGAGUUAAGCUGCAUUAAGCAAACAGAUUGAAGUCCAAAGCACAGCUCGUUCAGGAUGGCUACUGCAAGUAACAGAGGGGGGUCAGUGAACGUUUCGCCGAUGGCCGUGGGACCGACAUUGAAAGAGCUAGCGGACAUCUCAAUCGAGCUCAACCUCGGGUUGGAAGGGGACGAUGCCAUACUCGAAGAAUACCAGUCCGUCAUCAAUGAUUCCGUGAAGUCGAUGAACCAACUUAAUGACCUGGUCGAACCCAGUCUACCGGUGAAGUACCCACGAACUCAAGGAUAUCGACCCAGGAAGGAAGAUAACCCACAUAAUGCAUGGUGUUACAGGUGCAAUAUCAAAGGAACCGCUGAAGGGAAGCUAUCAGGAAAGCGUAUCGCGAUCAAGGAUUCUAUUGCUAUAGCAGGAAUUCCCAUGGCGGUUGGAUUCAAUGGUCUUGAGGGUUUCGUUCCAGAUUUUGAUGCUACCGUAGUCACUUGGGUAUUGGAUGAAGGAGGCACCAUACUUGGAAAAUCAACAUGUGAGGAAUUAUGCUGUUCAGCGAACAGCCAUACAAGUGGAACAGGCCUCGUUACCAACCCUAUUAAACCAGGUCAUUGCGCCGGUGGAUCUAGCUCAGGAUCGGCAGUGUUAGUUGCAAUUAAUGAAGUAGAUAUGGCGAUCGGGGGUGACCAAGGUGGAUCGGUUCGGAUACCUUGUAGCUGGUGUGGAUUGGUCGGUCUCAAACCGACUUAUGGCUUAGUACCAUACACAGGUGCAGUAUCCGGGGAGUUUGUCUUCGAUCACUUGGGACCCAUGGCUAAGACGGUGAAAGAUUGUGCUCUUCUUUUGGAGGUAAUAUCUGGAUAUGAUAAUGGAAACGAUGCUAGACAACCACGUGAUCUGAAGAUACAAUCUUAUUCUCAAAAGCUGGAGGAUAUAGAUCUUGCAUCGAUCCGAAUAGCCGUCUUAAAAGAAGGUUUUGAUCAUCCUGUAUCCGAUCCGGAAGUUGACAACCUAAUUCGUGAAACCAUCAGUGGAUUUGCAUCAUCAACUGAGGCUCAUGUUCAAGAAGUUUCGAUUCCUUUGCACAAAUCAAGUACGUCCUUUGGCAGUGUGAUUGGACGCAUUGGUGAGGUGGACACAGUCUUUAACACUGCUGGUUCUGGGCUAAGCCACACCGGAUACUAUCCGUCAAAUAUGAUGAGGGAUGUUGGAGCCCGACUCAAAAAGAACGCAAAAGACCUUCAUCCUUAUAACAAAGCCCAGCUGCUGCAUGGUGCAUUUUUAAAAAAGAAAUACUGCUAUAUGUACGGCAAGGCUCAGAAUCUGAUGAGACAGCUUGAAAGGGAUUUUGACCAUGUCUUGGCAGAAUACGACGUGGUUGCCAUGCCAACAGUCCCCUUCACAGCUCCACCAAUGGUGAAAAGUGAUGCGUCAAUCAAAGAAAUUGUCAGAUUUGGCUCCAACAUUGGAGGAAAUCUUAAAUCUGGAAAUUUGACUGGUCAUCCGUCUAUCACCAUCAACGCAGGGACAGUCGGGGGACUACCGGUUGGGCUUCUGCUGACUGGGAAGAAAUUUGACGAACUUAGACUCUUACAAAUAGCACACGCCUUUGAGAAGUUUAUCAAUGGUACCACCAAGUAGCGUAUAUAUCCAUCCUGUCCAUGGUUACGAUGCUUAGAAUGUCCCGUUGAGUAGGUCUAAAUCUAAGCCAACUCUAAAAAUUGAGUUCGCGCUUCGCGCUCGUUUUCAAUGUUCUUUAAUAAAACGUAAUUAAUAACUUUAACUAUUCACUUUCAUACCUGAAUACCAGAAGUGUUCAGCUCGGACUUCGCACCGUCGUCACUUGUUUAGUUUGAUAACUAUCCUUUUCAUGAUUACAAAACCUGAUUAAAAUGUUUAGUUUUCUACAGGUCGGAAUAACAAACCAAGUGCUUUGUGUUCGCAUUAUUUGAUGGUGAAAUAUGUAUCUUCUUCAUGUCCUUGUCACUGCAAACAGUCUUAUUGGGUCCCUUUCCUUUUCUCCUUUUUUUCUUGGUCAUGAAACUUUGUAGGGCCUUGGCUCACCCCAGACCAGAAUAUAAUUCAGCUCGCGCUUCGCGCUUGCAUUAUAUUUGGGGUUAGAUACGUAUCAUAAUUAUGCAUUAUUACAUACAAAAAAUGCUCAGAAAGUUCAAUUUUCAGUUCUAAAUAGAUGAAAUACCGAAAUGGUGUUUAUUCAUGACUAUCCACCCCAAAAAUACAACAACAGCAAUCUGCUUUUAGCGACCGGUCGGGGAAAAUGUGGAUGCAAAUAUCCCCCCUUCGGUGAAAGCUGGACCACCCCCUGCAAAGUAUUCACAGAUGUAUGUCUGCAGGGAGUCUGUGUAUGGAGAAAGAUGGAGAGAAGUUCACCAACGAAUUACUUUUAAUUCAAGGAAAGUGGUUUCUUUGCAUGUCUGUGCUGGGGACUUACCAUAGAGCAUUUUUCUUUGUAAUUGUAACACAAUGAAAAGUAUUUCAUACAAACUUUAGGAGUUGAUAGUAUGAUACGAAGCUAUCCACAUACAUGUAUCUUCUAUAAUUUUAUAUUUAAUGGUAGGCUUUAUAAAAUUAUUAAUGGUUUUUAAUGGAAUAUGCGGUCAAAAUUCAUUUUCAAAUCUAUUUAUUUGCUUGAAUUGUUCUGUUGUUUCUUUUUAAUAUGUUCUCUUUAGCUUUGAAUAUUCUUUCUUCAACCAAAAACAUUUUUUUUUCAACCGAAGUAUGGGAGAGCGUGUAUUUUUUUUCUCAAAUCCUUUUCUUGUGUGCUACAAAGGUUAUGGUGCCUUUUGAACAGUGCCAUACAGAUGGGCGGGGGCUCGGGGAUGCUCUCCCCCCCCCCCCCCGAAUUUAAAAAAAUCAUGACCAAGAAAAAAAAGUGGAAAGGAAAUAAAAGGAAAGAUAGAAAGUAAAAUAUAUUAUUUUCUGAAUAUUAUGUCAAAAUCUAUCACAAAAUUUGAUAUUGUUAUGAAAAAGUGGGAAUAUUUGCGUGCUCGCUUCGCUCGCUCACAAUUGUUUAAUACAUUUUACCCGAUCUGCCAUAUCUUGCUCCUUCAAAAUUGACUUAAUACACCAUUGCCAUUGAAAGACAUGAAUCCCUUCCUGUUUGUCCUGUCAAGCAUAUAAUUAAACUUAUUGGUCAAGGAAUCAAUAACCCCUUGAAAAAUUGAUUCAUAACUUUUAAAGGUACCAUAACAUAAUUUGUUUCACAUAAUGAAAGGAUUUGAAUAAUUAUAAGUUUUCCCAAUUAAUAACGCAAAUCUUCUUGUUUGGGUUGACAAAAAGUCUUCUUUUCUUACUUAUGAAGGAAAAUUUAAGGUUAAAAAAAGUUUAAAUGAAAAAAAAUAAUAAUUCAAGUACAUAAAUAAAUUUGUAAAUAAAAUUUGACAGCAUAAUUCGAAAACUAUGGCACAGCUCAUGAAAAGGUUAAGAGGAAGUCUGCUGAUUCGCAAGAAGUCUGAUCACCAGAUUACUCAUAUUCUGCCAUUCUGGCGCAAGCCUCUUUUUGAACCCCCGACAAAAACGUCCCGUGUUCGCUCAAGCAUGAACAAAAUUUCAAAGAUAAGAUUUCAGAGCAUCUAUUAACAUCAAAAUAUAGAUAUCUUUAUUUGAAACAAAUUUUUUAUGGACUUUUCAAAACUGUCCCGUUUUUUUAUACGCACUGUAGAUCCCAGCAGAAGCUGUGUGUAUAAGAAAAAGAUUCUGACUAUUCAUCUUUUCAAAGGAAACAAAGUGUGGAUCAAACGUUUUUGUUUACUAUCAAGCAUCUCAAGUAAAUACUAAAUCUAAUACCUUGGUAUAAAGCAUUUAAAGCAGUAAUCAUGGGACUAUCAUCAAGCAAUCAUAAUCUGUCAACUUCUUUUGAAAAUAAAAGUGUAAUGGGAGAU